ACUCACCGCGCAUCGCUUUCUCACGAGCCAGACUCAAUAACACUCUCCGACUCAGCAACACACUCCACCUCACCAUGUCCCGCCACCACCCCGACCUAGUAAAAUGCCUCAAACAACCCGGCACCUCCCUCGGCCGCCUGUGCGAAAAAUGCGACGGCAAAUGCCCCGUAUGCGACUCGUACGUGCGGCCCACCACACUGGCGCGCAUCUGCGACGAGUGCGCGUUCGGCAACUACGCGAACAAAUGUGUUGUGUGCGGCGGCGAAGGCAUCAGCGAUGCGUUUUAUUGCUUCGAGUGUACGAGGGUCGAGAGGGAUCGGGAUGGGUGUCCGAAGAUUGUGAAUUUGGGGUCUAGUAGGACGGAUUUGUUUUAUCAGAAGAAGGGGUUUCGGAAUUCUUGAGUCUGGGCUGGGGGGUUUGAGGUGGAGGGGAUGGGGAUGGGGAUGGGAGAGAGGGUUCUUAGACUUCGGGUGGUAGGAUGGGAGGAGAGAGAAGGAGGGCAUAAAAGGCGUUCGGCGUAGGCGUAGGCGCUCAGAUGAUUUCGGAUUCACAGCGGGGAUGGAACGGCAUGUGUACGCAGUGCACGGCGCUCACGGCGAAAAGUUUACUCAGAAUGGAUACUAAAUACUAGACACCAGUCUCCCCAUGCUGCACCGUGAACAACCCAACGGGGACAGAUGCUCUCGCCAGCUGCCUUAUCGCA